UCUUGAUAUUUUCUCUCCCCACCCCCCACGUUUCUUUUAUACCCCCCUUAAAUCCCAGUUUGCCCUUCGAAAAUGACCACUUUUUUGGUUAGCAAAUUCGGGUUUUACGAAUCGAAAAAAUAAAAACUUCGGUUUUUAAAAACCACUCGCUUUGUACUUCGAGUUUUACGAAUCGAAGUAUGUUUAUAUAGAAAGCAACCUCUCACAUUCUUCAUCACUUUCAAUACUUCAUCCCCACACUACCAAAAGAGAUCCCAAAAUCCAAUCCGUUUUUCACUCAAAUCGCUGCUUAAAAUCAAGUUUGGAACGUUUGCUAAGGGUUGGAAGGCGAUUUGAAGCACAAUAUUAAGUUAUGGCGGGCAAACGAGAGCUUGUGCUAGGUAUCUGUGCCCCGGGAAUUGUUGAGGUUCCGCCUGAUAAACCUCCAUCUAGACCUGUUGCAUAUGAGAUUGAUACAUCAGAUCAUUUUUACACUGAAAUGGCAACCCCUGACCGAGAUGAGUUGAUUAGAUGGGCUCGGGAGAUUGCCUUAAAGCUAAAGUUUGCAAUUGUAAUUGGCAAAUCCGACAACGGCAGCGAUAAGAGGAAGCAAUAUUUCAGGUUGGAUUGCGAGCGGGGAGGCCGGUACGUGUCAACAAAUAAGAAGCUAAAAUCUGAUCAAACCGGCACGAGGAAAUGCGGCUGUCCAUUUCGACUCCGUGGUUAUUGUCAUGCCGAUAAAACAUGGCAUUUGACCGUUGUAAAUGGCAAACAUAACCACGAGUUGGACAAGGCAGUUGAAGGUCAUCUCAUUGUCGGUCGUCUCAAACCGGAAGAAAGGCAAUGUAUGGAGGAAAUGUCAAGGAAUUUGGUUCCGCCUAAGAAUAUAAUGUCCACAUUGAAAGAUAGGGAUCCAAACAACAAGACAACGGCAAAGCAACUCUACAAUUUAAGUCAUCGAUUAAAACUUAAAAUGAGGGCAUCAAUGACUGAAAUGCAACACCUCUCCAAAAGACUUGUCGAGACCGGGUAUUUUUUCAAACAUAGGACGGUUGUUGCAGACGGAUCCGAACACGUUCAAGACAUUUUCUUUGCACAUCCUAAAUCUAUAAGUUUGUUCAAUUCUUUUCCUACUGUGCUUUUGAUGGAUUCGACAUACAAAACAAACAAAUACAAAAUGCCGUUAUUUGAGAUUGUCGGAUUCACAUCAACUGGGAGAUCUUUCAAUGUUGGAUUUGCUUGGCUUACCAAUGAAAGAGAAGACAACUUCACUUGGGCUCUAGAGCAGUGUGUCAGUCUCUUAAGGAAUGAGGAUGUUAGACCGAAGGUGAUUGUCACCGAUAGGGAUUUGGCUCUGAUGAAUGCAGUUUCCGAGGUAUUUCCAACAUCGGCUGCAAUGGUUUGUCGUUUCCAUGUAAAAAAGAACGUGAGCUCUAAGAUGAAGGAAAUUGUGAAAAUCAAGAAUGGAGAGAAUGAGAAGCAGACUGAUGUGUGGGAUCAAAUCACCGAUGCUUUUAAUGAUGUGUUAGAGUCGCCAACGGAAAAAGAAUAUGCUGACAAUGUUAUGGUGUUUAGGGAGCUCUGUGCGAGAUGGCCAAAGUUUUUGCGUUAUGUUGAAGAGACUGUCCUAGACACUGAUAAAGAAAGGGUUGUCAAUGCUUGGGUAGACCAACAUAUGCACAUGGGGAAUCACACCACGAAUAGAGCUGAAUCAUGUCAUGGUGUGUUGAAAGGUUACUUGAAGGACGGUAACGGUGACUUGGUGAAAGGAUGGGAAGCGAUAAAUAAGAUGUUGAUAAGUCAGUUCACUGAAGUACAAGGUGAAUUCGGUCGGAGUAUGUCUGUUGCGGAACACAGAUACGAUGAUGAUCCUCUUUACGCAUUCUUGUUUUAUAAAAUCUCAAGAAAGGCUAUGGAUCACAUUUAUGACGAAGCAAACAGGGUCGAAGAAUGUGGUAUGGAUAGCAAAAAGUGUGGCUGUGUUAUGAGAAGGACAUACGGGUUGCCAUGUGCAUGCUUGAUUGCGAAGAAGAUAAAAAAUAACAAACCUAUCCGACUGGAUGAGAUUCAUCCUCAAUGGAAGAAACUGUGUUUCGAAGAUGAGCCGGCACCGGGCGACGUGGCUGACGAUUAUGAUUGCUUGGCUGAGUGGAAAGCAAUUCAGGAACGAUUAAAAACAGCCGAUGUUAGCGUGAAGAAUGAUAUUAGGAAUCAACUUCGUCUCAUUGCAUAUCCAGAAACCACCUCUGUGAAACCUCCGCUUCAAAAGGCCAAAACAAAAGGUGCUAGAAAGAAAAAAUCAGUUCGUGUCACAAGAUCCACGAGCAGGGAUAAGUCUCGGUGGGAGCAUGUUGAUGAUCAUAUUGCAGCUACACAGGCAUCUCAGUCGCAAGCAACAAAGUCAAAGCCGUCGACUUCACAAACAGUGCCUGAGGUGCCUAAAGAACUCGUCAUCCGUACUUUGACUCCAGCACCUCCAGCACCUCCUGAAAUUCCUUUUAUCAACCAUAUGCCGAAGUUCAUGCACCCAUUUAUUGAAGAUAUUAUUGACGUUCAAGGUGACGGUUAUUGUGGAUACCGUGUGGUAGCUUUGCACCAAAAAGAAAAUCAACAAGAUUAUGAGUUGAUCAGACUGAACAUGGAGAGGGAGCUGAGAUUGCAUAAGGAAUCAUAUGUGGAGUUGUUCGAUACUGAGCGUUACAAGUAUGUCACGGAUGCACUUUUCCCACCACCGAGAAGGAGUAAACAUGCUAUUGCAACCAAGGACAAAUGGUUUACUUUUCCGGAUAUGGGUUACGUUGUGGCUACUCAUUUUCAGAGGGUUGUUGUUCAACUAUCAAAUAUGGAAAAGUGUGGAGCAUCUAGAACUUGUUUCCCAUUGCGUGGCAAACCUCCAUCAGACACGUCAGACUUGGAUUCCAAGAUUAUUUGCAUCGGCGCGCUCGCUGACCACUUUGUGUUAGUGCGAUUGAAAGUAGGAUGUCCGAUACCUCCAACGGCUCAUCAGUGGAAAAACUCUUGUUCCGAAGAAGCUGCAGAUUGGGAGCCCAUGUUUUUGGAUAGAAUGCAAAAGUUUGGUGAGCUGUUGACCAUUGAAAGAGCAGGCGAUGACUUAGUCACGAUUGGAAAGGGUAGCAAAGACGAUCCGUUGGAAUUGUAGUAGAUUUUAGUAGUUUCAUUUUGAAUUAGCUAAGCGCAUUAUUUUUUGAAAUGGUAGCUAAGCGCACUAUUUUUUGAAAGGGUAGCUAAGCGCAUUAUUUUGUGAUGUAUACCAUGCCGAUUAUGCUUUGUAACAUAUUAACUUUGUAUGCGCAAUUUACACAUGAACCUUGGUUAUGAAAUGUGGUAUUAUUGUAUAUUGAACUUUGGUAUUAUUGUUAUGAAAUAUGAUUAUGAAACUUUGGUUAUGAAAUGUUGUAACAAAUUGUAUUUA